AUGGCACCCAUCCACUUCGGCUGCCUGCUAUUCGACUAUCAAGCAAUUGAUGUCAUAGGGCCAUGCGACUUGCUUAACUCUGCCACCAAACAUCUCAUGACUGCAAUGAAUUUCUUUAGUCCAGUCGACGAGGAAACCAUUGCACGAGCACCCGAGUUCGUGUUUCACCAUGUCGGGGAAACCCUGGAGCCGGUCGCUCUACUUACAAGUGCUGUAACGCUUAUGCCGACCACCACGGUCGAUGACUGUCCAGAGCUGGACUGUCUCUUGGUUGGCGGGCCCAACCCGGCCAAGUUUAAAGUACCGCUGAAGUAUAUCGAGUUCAUUCGCCGUCAUGUUGCUGCCGGAAAACUACUUUUCGCAACCUGCACUGGGGCCGCAGUCGUUGCGGCCACUGGAGUUCUGGAUGGGAAAAUGGCUACAGUCAAUAACCUAGAGUAUGAUUGGGUCACAAAACAGUAUCCCAAAGUCAAAUGGACAAAGGAUAAGAAGUGGAUUGUUGCUGGAAAUAUCUGGACAGGUAGUGGGGCGGUUGCUGGAAUGGAUAUGUUCGCCCACUGGCUGGAAGAGAAUUUUGGUUUGGACGUUCUCAUACAAGCAUCAAGGGCGCUGGACUAUGAACCCCGUGACAGUGAUGGACUAUUCAAUGUGCUGCCACAACGGUAUGACUCGACAGGGAAGGAAAUCUCCACGCACGUAUUUCCAUAA